UGCAAGCAGAAAAACAACGUUCGCGUUAUGAUUCGGGUUGCUUUGCUGGCUGCUUAUUACUGGUUGUUACAUUCCACGAGCCCCUCAUUUCUUAACUGAAAACUAUUACUCCAGCAACUCAAACUCCACACAUCACAACACAUUCUUUCCCUUUCUCGCAUUUCACUGCAACAAUUAAUCAAACACUUUAACUACAUUUGUUUUUUUAGUCUCUUCAACCACGUCCAACAAGUUUCCAAGGAGAAGGAUCCACCAUUCCCAACGAGGGUAAAUAAAUUGGACUUCAUAUAUGGUGGAUGGGUUGCUUUGUGAAUGUUGAGGGGUAAAAUACCCGAGGCUUAUCAUCUUUAAGAAAUAUAUGAAAAUGUCUCCUGCUAGCAGGGCGGAUAAGAAGGCAGCUGCAGAUGCAGCCGCUUGGAUGUUCAAUGUUGUCACUUCUGUUGGGAUUAUCAUUGUCAAUAAAGCAUUAAUGGCUACAUAUGGCUUUAGUUUUGCUACAACAUUAACUGGUUUGCAUUUUGCUACAACCACCUUGAUGACAUCUGUUCUUAAGUGGAUGGGAUACAUCCAACCCUCUCAUCUACCCUUCCCAGAACUUCUGAAGUUCAUUAUAUUUGCAAACUUUUCCAUUGUUGGAAUGAACGUUAGUCUGAUGUGGAACUCAGUGGGCUUUUAUCAGAUAGCAAAAUUGAGUAUGAUCCCUGUAUCAUGCCUUUUGGAAGUUGUAUUGGACAAAAUUCGAUACUCCAGAGACACAAAGCUAAGCAUAUCAGUUGUUCUACUGGGUGUUGGCGUUUGCACAGUCACGGAUGUGAGUGUCAACGCCAGAGGCUUCAUAGCUGCCUUUAUUGCAGUCUGGAGCACAGCUAUGCAACAGUAUUAUGUACACCACCUUCAACGGAAGUAUUCGCUAAGUUCUUUCAAUCUAUUGGGACAUACUGCUCCUGCCCAGGCUGCAACACUCCUCCUGGUCGGCCCAUUUCUUGAUUAUUGGUUAACAGGCAAAAGAAUCGACGCCUAUGACUAUCAAACAGCUUCAGUGGUAUUCAUAAUUCUAUCAUGCACGAUUGCAGUAGGGACGAACCUCAGCCAGUUCAUCUGCAUCGGCAGAUUCACAGCCGUAUCAUUUCAAGUACUCGGUCAUAUGAAGACGAUCCUCGUGUUGGUCAUGGGGUUCUUCUUCUUCGGAAAAGAAGGUCUCAAUCUGCAUGUAGUUCUGGGUAUGAUCAUUGCCGUAAUGGGAAUGAUCUGGUACAACAACGCCUCAACGAAGCCCGGUGGAAAGGAGCGCCGCAGCCACUCGCUUCCAAUAACCAAACAACAAAAAGCGGAUUAUUCCGCUGAACAUGAUGGGAAAGUCUAAUUAUUUAUAUACAGAAAGAUAACUUGAGCAUACAAAGGUAGCUGAUUUCAGGAAAUUAUUAUUAUU